UUAGGCUCCUAGAGAGAGAAGCCUAAGACAGGCUGAGAGAUGAAGCAGGCAGGCGGGCAGGCAGCCAGCCAGCCAGCAAAGGGUUGAGAGAUUGAGAGCCUGAGAACUAGAAGCCAAGAGCCAGAGGCUGAGAGACUGGGACCCUGAAAAGCUGACAGCUGAGAGGGAGAGAGCCAGCAGGUUAGCAUAGUGGAGCCCAAGGACCCUGGCCGAGUGCCUUCUUCUGGGAGUUGGCCAGAGACUGUGUGCGUAUCAGCGACUAUGUACAUGGCUAGAGCGAACUGAGAGAAGAGAGUGCAGGCUGCCAGUGGUGGAUCCAAAUCCAGGUGGUCUCCGUGAUCCCGGGAAACACCUGGUGUUGUAUGUUUGCACAGUGAUAAGUGCUUAUGCUGAUUGACUCCUGUGGGGAGGGAGGUUGGCCUGAGAGAGUACAGAAGAUAAAUAGAGACUGAGUCUGCAAAGGGACAGUGAGGAACUGUGUGGUAAGCAAAUUGACCCUCAACCCGCUACAGGCUCUUUGAAAAACGUUAAUCAGAUAAAUUGUUAGGCAACAGUGCCCUGCCCUCUGUUACCAACCAGCCAGUGAGAGUGUGUUUUGAUGCUAUAACCUUUGUUGCUUAGUACUUGAUAAAGCGCAUGUAGGUGGGGUUCUGUGAGAAUUGAUCUUUUUUUGCAUAGAGAACUCCCCAGCUCUUCAGAUUUGACUUGACACUUCCAAUUUAGCACCAGAUCUCCGCUUCAGAUCUGGACAGUACAGCAUGAGCAGGAGCAGUCCAAGCAUUGCCUAUGCUGCCUUCUGCCAGUGUGACUUAAGGGACCACCACCACUAGGCGCUGGAGGGAAGCUCAUUCUCUGUGACCCAUUCCCUCUGCUGAGGCAGUCCAAGUCACUGGUGCUGGAUUUGAGUUCCUGCUGAGAUUGUGUGGAAGGAUGGCUGCUGCAGAGCCCCUUACUGCUUUCUCCCGAUGGUACCUUUAUGCCAUUCAUGGUUAUUUCUGUGAGGUGAUGUUCACAGCUGCCUGGGAGUUUGUGGUCAAUUUUAACUGGAAGUUCCCAGGCGUUACCAGUGUGUGGGCACUCUUCAUCUAUGGCACCUCCAUCCUCAUUGUUGAGAAGAUGUACCUGUAUCUGAAGGACAAAUGUAACAUUAUAGUGCGCUGCCUCAUUUAUACCCUCUGGACUUAUUUCUGGGAAUUCACCACUGGCUUCAUCCUGCGCCAGUUCAAUGCCUGCCCAUGGGACUACUCACAGUUUGAUUUUGACUUCAUGGGCCUCAUCACUCUUGAGUACGCCAUCCCAUGGUUCUGUGCUGCUUUCAUCAUGGAGCAGCUGGUUAUCAGGAACACACUGCGCUUGCGGUUUGAUGAGAAUGCUGAGCCAGGGGCUCCCACUGCCACUGUCACCUUGGCUAAUGGCCAUGUCAAAACUGAUUGAAUGAUGACUGAGCACCACACUUACAAACUAGGAGAACCCACCCCCAUGCCAGAAACUGUCAUCUCUGGCUUCAAAGACUACUAUUUCCUGUAAGAUAGCUACAUAAACUCCUUUAUAAUGAGGUGUGCAUGGGAAUAUACCAGAAUAAAAGCAGAACCAAUAGAUUUUCUAUGGAUUUUACUCUUUUGGCCACAAGGACCAGUGUCAGCUACUUAUUAGGUAGUUUCUGAUUUUAACUUAUUAUGGACAAAACAGUCUUAUUACUUACAUUUUACAUUAUGUGGAGAAAUAAGAAAAAUGCUACAGUCGUAAGUGUACACAAAAAAACCCACUAGUGGAUGGGCAUGGAUGCGCCAGCUAAAUUAGUGAUUGGCUUAUUCCAUUAGGCAAUAUUCAGGUGCUUGCUUGCAACCAAUACCUCCCAUGGGACCUGAGAUGCUGCAGGGCCAAGGAAAAUUCAUCUGCUGUUGAGGACAACUUAGCAGUGGCACUCUACUGGGGAGGUUGACUGUUUCCUUUCUUGUGGUCCCCCUGGCCUUCCCCGGGGGCUCUUUAUUGCACCACAAUACAUUAUGGUGCUGGACAUCUUAUGGAAUUUAUAUAAAAUUUACACUUUUUGAAUGCUCAAUCCUGAUGCUCAGUAAAGAGCUCUUUCUUUUUCUUUCUUUUUUUCCCCUAAUAUAAGGCCCUUUUUGCUAAGUGAAUUCUACCAUAAUCUGUGCAAUCCAAAUCUUGGCAAAGGGGCCAAAAAGAGAGAGAAAAAUAGCUGAAGUCUUCCCAUCUCUUCCUUCCUGUCCCAGAAGAACUCUCAGAAGGGCUGAUCCGGGUUCCAGCUUCCAUUCCAACCAUGCAAACCCAAUGGAGACUGUAGACAUCACCACAGUUUUCUGCCUUCCUUCCCAGGAAUGUCUCUCUUACCAACAACACUGAUGGCUUAAUGUUGACUGCAGCCCUUUGCACUGACUGAGGUCAAGGCCCUCAUGUGACUAUGACAUCAACCAGGAGUCAUAUAGAGUCCUCUGGGAUUGACUACAUUAUCUUCCAUUUUCAGUGUCUCAGUUUUGUCCAGUGUUCUCCAACUGCUGAAAGCAGUAUUUUUUGUUUUCCUGUCCCACACACUAUUUUAACUUAGUAAAGCAAACCCUCUCCAUAAAGCUUAUCUUGGGCGGGGGGGGGUAGGAAGGGGGGGAAAUACUGUAUGACCUGAUUUUGAGGGAUAUGUAGAAAAAUAAUUGUUAUUUUUCACCUGUUUUUCACCUUCCUUCAGAUGUGGGUGCAGUGGCAGGCGGGGCAGCAGAGAGUUAAGGUCUGCAAGUACUGUACAUUCAUUAAAGAGCUAGCUGUGCUAUGGAUGGUUUGAAAUUCAGCCAAUGAGGAAUGACCCCUUAGGCUUUGAGAGAUGGGCAGCAUGAAAUAUGUAUAGCUCUAGCAGCCAGGGAUUAAUUUUUUGCUCUGAGGAUUCUUCUUGCCUGUUGUAAUUAGCAAGAAGGACAGAGUUUCCAAAACAGCAGAUGUUUCUUGCUUAAGAGCUUUAUGGGGAGAGUGUGCUGGAAUUAGACAUGUGGGGUCAGUUUAACUUAGGGUGUUAUUCCACUAAAAUCUAAGGAGUGGCACCAGUGAUGAAUUUGGCUCGUGCUAUGAAGCUGUUUGGGCAGUUGUACAGUCUGUCUUGUCUCUUGUGUUGGGAACACUUGGAUUAUCUUGGACUGCUCUGCCCUGCUUGUGCUCAGCCCAUAAACUUACUCAUUGCCAUGUGGUAUCCCAUUCCAGAGGGAGAAGAAACUCUGUUGCUGGGAGUGGAAUGGUUUGUUGGUUGUGCUCUUUUUUAUGACAGAGAAUCAAUUCAUGCAAUGUUAAUCUUUUCUGUACCACAGAGAGUAUGAUUAUUUUAUUCCUGACUAGGCCCCUCCUCACAUGACAUCCAUUGCCGGCAAUGGACAUGUGAAAGCUCUGGAGUCCAGGUGUCAAUCAGAUUGGCUCUGUGGUAUGCAACGCUACCCGACUUACCCAGAUAGGUAUCGGUGUUCACAUUUUACAGUUCAUUAAAUUAUAAGAAGAAAAAAGAAAAACUGAAAAGAAAUGUGUUUUUCAUGCUCUGAUGAUGAUACUGUGAAAUCAGAGAAAUAACAGAAUUGGUUUAUCCACCAUGUAAAUGAUGGUUUCAAGGAUUUAGAACCACACAAAAAUAGUCAUUGGGGUGAAUGAGAGGGAUGUGUAAUUUGUACACGGGGUAAUUCACUGGGAGCAGAACUGUGGUUCUUUGAGUCAAAUUUGUGGGGGCAUGGUAGAUGAAGUACAAAGGGAAGUGGGACAUGUCCAUCCACUGUGGUAGUUGCAUUCAUGAAACAAUGGUGUCAGGGGAACUAGAAGCAGUGUCUAAAUUCAGAUAACCCUCUUACUGCUCUGUUUGAUUCUGGUGUAGCAUUGCCUUCCACACACUGUCUGCAUUAGCUCAGACCAUUAGCCUUAUAGCAGAUUGCACUGAAAUACUGUGUCUCCAGAGCUGGCAACAAAUAUUUAAAGAAUGUCAGUAUGAGUUGGCAGUAGACAUGGUUAGGACUUUAUAGUGGAGGCAGCUAUCCAGAGCAGCACCAAUGUGUCCUUUGGUUUUACAAAUCCCCACAAAGUGACAUCAUUUUUGCAUACCUGCAUAACAAUCUGCUGUUCAUACUAAGGAAAGUCCAAGAAGCCUUUGAUGUGUGUAUAUAUUAUGCCACUUGGGUCCUGUUGCCCCAGGUGCACCACUGUGGCAUCUGUGGAAGCUUAUUUUACACCAAUGAUGCUGACAAAUACCUUUCAGAUACUGUACCCUCCUGGGAGUCUGAUUUAUACACAGAAGCACACUUUACCUGCAGGUUGUACACCAGGAACUAAGCCUACCAGGCCCAAUGCAUUCUUUAAUCGCCUUAAAAUGUCCACUACAUGACUCAUGCUAUCACUAGGACUUCUUUAAUGCCAUUACACCCCUGGCAACUUUAAUAGGCCAGAAUAUCAAAAGUGCUCAGCUCCUUGCACCUCCUGUUGCUAUUAAUGGCACCUGUUGGAUACUAAACAUUUUUGAAAAUCUGGUUAUGUAUUCACCACACUAUGCAGGUCUCACUCAUGUUUACAAAGAACACUUUCUUGUCGUCAGAGGCUUACCCAUUCUACUUCAUCUCCCUUUUACUACACAUAAAUAGUCCUGAUAACAUCUCACAACAAUGGCAUCCAAAAUGCAUUAUACCAAGGGCCAUGGUGGCAACCGAGUAGGAGCCUGGGAGUGGGGCCUAAUUUGCAGAGACAUUUACAUACAACAGUGAUCAAAAAACGCACAAAAGCCUAAUAUUUGCUUGUACGUGUAUCUUCCUCGAUAGAUUAAAAUUGCCUGUUUGAGUUCACCAGCAAUAAAAACUUGUGACUUA